AGUUUGGGCCCUGUUUAGAAGAAAGAAUCUGUUGCCAUUUGAGAUUUUUUCCCAGAACCUCCAGCUUCUGUUGUCCCAUCAUGGGUGGGGUCUGUGAGCCCUGCUUUGGCGGUGGAAUGGCACAUUUUGGUGCAUGGAAUGCCUCAUGAAGGAUCCUUUAGUGGAGACUGAUAGCACUGGAGGUGGCUUGGGUACCUGCUCAGCAGGAUCCCUGCAGCCUUUCCCUGGAGAUAAAGAGUUGCUUGCUUUGGCUGGUCAGCUUUCAUACCUCGCUCUAGACUGUGUCCUGUUUCACAGCUUUGGCUCUCCACGGUGUGCUGGUGGUUUUGAUACACCUGCACACUAAAGGGAAGCCAUGCCCUGCUUCAGACUUGUGCCUGUGUUGCCUAUAAUCAAAAGAAAAAAAGCCCCUUGAGUUAGAACAGUAAAGUAAAAAGCUGACCUUUAUUUGGAAGCUUCCAGGUGUCCUGGUGGCGAUGGGAACACCCAGAACUGAAUUUCUACAAUUUUAUAAUGUUAAUUAAGUAGGAUAUCUAACAGGUACAUCCUAUAGGGGAUUCAGUUGCCCCAGUAACCUAUCCCUGGGUCAGCCCCUUGGAGCUGCUCCAAGGGGUUCUCUGCCUCACUUCUUAUUAUGCCUUAUUGCAGGUCCCCUCCUUGAAAUAAGACUAAACAAUAUUUCAGGAGUGUGUUUAGAAUGUCAGCUUAUUGUGCUAAAAUCUAGGGGGAAAGGAUAGGAAAACUACUGGAGCUGCAGCCAUGCAUUAGCAAUCUACAAAUGUAGUAAAAAUAUAUAAAAAGCUUGAGCAUCAUUCCCCCCCUUUAGAGCCUUGACAAUAUAGAAUUAUAGGCAACACUUGUACUUUUCCUCUGCAUUACCAGCUGAAAGCAGCUUCCCCUCUGAGCACUCUUAUCCUGGGAUGAGGCUCCCAGCCCAGGGAUGAUCCUUCAGUGCAGGUGUGAGAAAGCUCAGCCAGUGGGAGCUGAUCACUGCCCACACCAGCUUUUGAGCUCAAGUGCUGGGUAUUACCUGCCUGUCCAUGUUGUGUUUGGUUUAUUCUUAGCAUCCAAUCCCAGACAGGCACGGUGACAUCAGCUUUCAGCAGAGCUGCCUCUCUGGCACAACACAAGGGUGCUCCUGGAUUGCCUCUGCAGGUGUUUGCUCUAAUUUUCAGUUGUGUCUGGGUUUGUGGGUGCUCACAGCAGGACUCCAGGCUCAAAUCAUGGGGAUUCUCAGUGCUCCCUGCCAGUGGAGCAGCUGUUGGAACACACUCUGGAAUUUUCAGUUUCUUGGUGCUGCUGCUGAGAAGCCAGGUUAACCUCAGCCACCUCCCUGGGCGUGUUCAAACAAGAAGCCUUUGGUUAGAGGGAGCGAUGAGCUCGAAGGGAAUGUGCAGCCUGGUGCAAAUUUGGUGUGAGCUGUCAGCGUGUCCCUGUGGCUCAGGGCAGGGAGGGGACAGCAGGGCCCAGGGGAAGAGCAGCUGUGGGCAAACUCACAGCUGUGUGCUGCCCUCCCCUUCCAGCACGGGAUUGACACCAACAUCUCGACCCAUCUGUCAGACUUUCUCUUCCAACAAAAUGUUUGGAAGGGCCCUUUUGCCCCUGGAAGCCCUGGGCUGGUGGCUCAGCUGCUGCUGCAGUGCCUCAGCCAGGUUUGUGCUCCACCCCGAGCUCCUGCGGCAGCUGCGUGCCGGCAGUGGGGCUCUGGUUCCUCCUCUCCUCCUGGAGCUGUGGCUGUUGCAGGAGGCCCUGGUGCCUCUCCAGAGCAGUGCCCACGCUGUGGGUGCAGGGGCAGAGCAAGCAGGGCAGUGUGGCUGGGAGCCUGCUGCUGCUCAGGCUGACAAUAGGGGCUUUCUUUCCAUCCCGCCUCCUGGGCCGCUGUACAGAAUGAGAAUUAGCAUUGGCCUGGAGGAAUGUGUGGAAUAAGCCCUGGAUUUGGUGGUGGGAGAGUUGUCUGGCAGGAACUCCUCAAGUUUGAAUCCAGUGGCGUUGGAAUGCAGCCCCCCGCUCCAUGGAGGCAGCUCCUGCACUGGAGGGGGGUUUGAUGGAGACAGGGGGGUUCUGCUGCCACAGAGGGGUUCUCUGAUGUGGAGAAGUGUUGCUAACACUUGUACAGCCUCUGUGAGCUGCUCCCUCUGAGCUGGCUCCUCUGGUUCCUGAGGGGCCACUCUGGUUUUAAAGAAGUCAGAGGCUUUCACAUCACGAUCCCCUGCUCUUGAGCAGUCCUGCUGCAGGUGUUUCAUCCGUGACACUGGAAUUGUGGGCACACGAGGGAUGUGGAGGGCUGCACGCAGGGGAGGUGAACACUGGCAGCCCUGGGGAAGAGGAAUUUCAAGCAGAGAAAACAGAGGAGGGAGCUGGGGCAGUCUCUGACCAGAGAGCAGGCUGGGCUGCAGUGAUGGUGUUAAAAAGAGACAGCCACAAAAGUUGUUCAUUAAUGAUCUUUUGCUUUCCUGGGUGAAAAGGAUCUAGAGAAUUAAACUUUCCACCGCUGACACGGCAGUUCUGGGGGCAAUAAAACUGCUGAGCUGCUGGAGUUUGGCUUUGGUUUUCUUUGGUUUUGUCCUAGGGCAGUUUUGCUGGUUUCCAGGGUCCAGAGCUUUAGAAGGAAAUUUUUGGUUUCUCUAACCUGAAUUUAGUUUAAAACAAAAAAAAAAAAAAAAUCCUCCAGAUGUCAAAGUGUAGAAAUGUUUGGUUUUUUUUUUCUGGAGCAACUGACUUUCCUUGGGUUUAAAAAUGUCAGAAAGGGUUUAACAAAACAGCAAACAAACUCUGGUUUACCAAGAAUCUCUCUCCAGACAAAAUCAACCUGAGCACGCUGAAGGGUCAGGGGCAGCUGACCAACCUGGAGCUGGAUGAGGAGGUGCUGCAGAAUGUUCUGGAGCUGCCCACCUGGCUCGCCAUCACCAGGGUCUACUGCAACAAGGCCUCCAUCAGGAUCCAGUGGACAAAGCUGAAAACACACCCAAUCUGCCUGUACCUGGACAAGGUGGAGGUGGAGAUGAGGACAUGUGAGGAGCCUCGGCCGCCCAAUGGACAGUCCCCCAUCGCUCUCGCUGCUGGACAGAGUGAAUAUGGCUUUGCUGAGAAGGUCGUGGAGGGGAUGUUUAUUGUUGUCAAUUCCAUCACCAUCAAGAUUCACUCCAAGGCCUUUCACGCUUCUUUUGAGCUGUGGCAGCUCCAGGGCUACAGUGUCAACCCCAACUGGCAGCAGAGUGACCUGCGCCUCACCCGCAUCACGGACCCGCAGAGGGGAGAGGUUCUGACGUUCAAGGAGCUCACCUGGCAGACCCUGAGGAUAGAGGCAGAUGCCACGGAAAAUGGUGAUCAGGAUCCUGUCACCACUCCUCUGAGACUCAUCACCAACCAGGGGAGGAUCCAGAUCUCUCUCAAGAGAAGGACCAAAGAUUGCAACGUGGUGGCCUCCAAGCUGAUGUUUCUGCUGGAUGACCUGCUCUGGGUGCUGACAGACUCUCAGCUGAAAGCAAUGAUGAAAUAUGCUGAGUCUCUGAGUGAAGCCAUGGAGAAAUCUGCUCAGCAGAGAAAAAGCUUGGCACCAGAGUCUGUACAGAUCACCCCCCCUGCUCCCAGUGCCCAGCAGUCCUGGGCUCAGCCCUUUGGAGCCAGCCCCAACGCCAGCAGCAUCGGGCAGUACUUUGACAAGCACGACAUGAAGGAAUCCUCCUACCACCUGCUCAUCUCCCGCCUGGACCUGCACAUCUGCGACGACAGCCACGCCCGGGAGGCAGGUGCUCUGAAGCAUGGGAUGCUGGGCGGUGCCAUCCAGCUGACCUUCAGGAGGAUGGCUUUUGAUUAUUAUCCUUUCCACAGGGCAGGAGAUGCCUGCAAGCAUUGGGUGAGGUACAGUGAAGCAAUGGAGACUCGGGGACAGUGGGCAAAGAAGUUGGUCAGUGAAUUUCAAAGCAAGAUGGAGAAGCUUUAUGAAGAAACAGACCCUGUGUUUGCCAGGACUCCAUUUUCCCCUUUCAAAAGGAAACCAGAGCCUCCCCAGAGUCCCCAGAGGAGCCCCCCAGAGAAGGGCCGGGCUCCCCCCACGAGCCUGCCGCGGCUGCGGCACCCGCCCUGGCAGCGGCUGCGCUCCAGCUGCGUGGUGGUGCGGGUGGAUGACCUGGAUGUGCACCAGGUCUCUACAGCUGGGCAGCAAAGUAAGAAACCCUCCACCUUGCUUUCCUGUAGUAGAAAAAUCUUCAAACUCCCUGACCAGGUCUCUGCAAUCCACAUUGAAUUCACAGAAUAUUACUUCCCAGACAAUCAGGACUUUCCAGUUCCAUGCCCAAACCUGUACAUGCAGCUGAACGGCCUGAUGCUCACCCUGGACACUCCGAGUGUGCUCUGGAUAAACCUCUUCUGCCUGGAUCUGUGUCGCAGCCUGGAGCAGUUCAAAGCCAUCUACAAGCUGGAGGACUCGGGCAAGCGGGAUGAGCACGUGGAUGUCCGGCUGGACGGCUUCAGGCUGAAGCUCAGCAUCCCCGUGGAUAAGAAAGUCACGGACCACCGGGACCGGCCACGGGCCCUGUGUGUUUGCAUGUCAGAGGUGACAGCCACCAACACCCGCCACGCUCCCUCCUGCAGCUGCCAGGACCUGCAGAGCCUCUUCCGGAAAUUCGCGGGCUCGGAGUUCUUCCACUGCAGCUACGCCGAGUUCCCCCGGGAGCAGGACAGGUUCAGCCUCCUGCACACCCUGUUCCUGCGCCACGCCUACCACGUGCAAGACAGGCCACAGAAGCAGCCAGGCUUUCCCCAGCUGCCUCACAAAACCUCUGCCUCUGAGGAUCUCUGGUCUGUGAAUUUCACUGAGCUCUCCCUGGGAUUUGAGGGGGCCGAAAGCUCCAAGGGCAGAGCCCUUAGUUUUAUUGACCCUUUUCCCCUUUCCAUAUGGGCCUGCCUGCCCAAGAGGUGGGGGCAAGCUCAGAUAUCUAAACGACAGGAGCUGGCCACCUCUGAGGUGAAAAUCAAGCCUUCUGCCAGCUUUAGCCACCACUCCAAGAACGAGAGCCUCUCCAGAGAACACGGUGUUUGUCAAAGAUCAAAGACUGACCAGGAUCUGAGGAAUAUCUAUAAGGCUCCAGACACGAUGGAUGUCUUGGGAGAAUCUGACCGUGAAGUUGAUGAUGGAGUAGACAGUAAAGAGCUGGAGGCCUCUGCUGAUAUCCACGUGCUCAUGUCCUCCUCUGUCCAUGUCAAAGUUCGGCUCAACCACUACCAGUACCUGGUGCUGCUCAGGAUGAAGGAAGUUCUGCAAGCACUGCAGGAGCAGCUGGCCCAAGAUACCCAGGAAAUGACUGGGUCUCCUUUAGAUCCCAUGUCUGCUUGUGUGGGAGUUAUGUUCCCCAGUGCUGAGGUGGCCCUGCUCAUGACCCCUGCUCCAGGGUCUGUCGUGGAGCCCAGGUCCCUGGACUCGGACACAACCAGCCUGAUCGAGUCCGAGCUCUCACCCUCAGACAGCAAGGAGGGGCUGGCAGCUGAAGAGAAGGAGCUGAAAUCAGAGAGCAGUUCGGACAAGGGCUUAGGCAGCACCUCAGAGCUCCCAGAGGACAGUGGGAUCCAGGACGCUGGUGCCAGCGUCCCGCUGGAGAGGCUCCCGAGGUCCGCGAGCGACGGAGCCCUGAGCGCAGCUCCCCGCGGUAAGGGCGCAGAGGAGAAAGGCUUGAUAGAGGAGGCACACGAAGCUGUGGAGGCCCUGGUUGCAGACAGACCAGCAGAGACCAGCAGCCACCCUCAGAGCCCCCCUGCUCUCCCUUCCAGCCCAGCCUCGGACACGCAGCCCUCGGGCAGAGGAGGUGUCGCCCUCAAUGGCCAGGCUGAGCUCAUCCCGCUGCGGAGCAUCGAGGAGGAACUCUCCAGUGCACUGCACAUCACCAAGGAUGCCACGAAGGAAGCUCUGCACGCCACCAUGGACCUCACCAAGGAGGCCAUGUCCCUCACCAAGGAUGCCCUGAGCCUCAGCCGGGACAAGAUGACCUCCACCAUGCAGAGGAUGCUGUCCCUGCCCCCGGCCAGGGAUUCUGUGCCCAAAGCAGAGGAGGGAGCCGUGACCCCGGGCGGGGCGGGCGGCGGCCGGAUGCGUUUCUUCUCCAUGAAGAGGACCUCAUCCCAGCAUUCCUUUGACACCACAUCCGUGGAUGGCAGUGGCCCUGAGGACGGGCUGUCCGUGGACAGUGAUGGCAGCGAUGGCUUCGUGAUGCUCACAGACUCUGAACCCAGCCUGGACCCCCUUCCUUCAGGGCAGCUCCCCCAGGCCCACAAUGACACGGGCAGCAGGAGCAGCCUGGUGGCAGAGGACGAGGGUGGAGUGUCCCCUGAGGUGAACAGCUCCACGUCCCAGAGUGAAGACCCCAGUCUGCAGCUGGUGUCUGUCCUCGUGCUGAAGAUGAAGGAUGUGAACUGUGCAAUGGAGGUACAAGGAGAUGAUUUGUCUGUGGCUUUACAAGUGAUGAACAUGGUUCCAGAGCAGCUGAACAACGUUGGCAUGUGGCAGUUCCUGCGUGGCUACGUGGCUCUAGGAGACCCAGGUGUGGAGAAGGCUGCGAGCCCCGAGGGCAGGCAGCCCCAGCCCCGGGCGUGCCUGCGCCUGCAGUGGGGCCCGCGCGCCGCCGCUUGCUCGCCGCUGGCCGAGCGCAACGGCUUCCUGCAGCUGCUGCUGCACAGCCCGUGCACUGAGCUCUGCACCUCCUGCCUCGCCAGCCUGGGACCCUUCCUGGAGGAUGAGAUCAUCCCGGAGGUCAUCCCCAUGGAGAUAGAGGUGGUGGAUGCCAAAAUCACGUUGAAGGAUGACAGCCCCCCAGUGUACCCCACCUCCCCUGGCCCUGUCCCCAUCACCUUGGCAAUGGAUCACGUCGUGGUGAGGCGCAGGGAUGACGGUGUCUUCUAUCUCACAGCUUCCCAGGGGAAGGACUCAGUGAAACAGGAAAAACCUGUGUCAGUCCCUGAGGAGCAGAAGGCCCCAUCAGAGUCUGUCUCACCAGCCCCAGCAGCAGGAGCACGUGGGCUGCAGCUCAAGCAAGUGCCAGAGUUGCAGAGGGAGCUCCAGACCAUGAAACUGGCCCUGGCAGAAGCCAACAUGGACAAGGCUCGCCUUCUGCAGGAGAUCAGGAAGUACAACCCCCUGUUCCAGCUCUGACCCUGCCAGGGACAGGCACCAGCACCAGCAGGGCAGGUUUGGUCGUUUCGCUGCCAAACGGGUCCAACUCCAGGACUGGAGCCAGCUGUGGCUGCAGACUGGGCACGGGAGGGAGAGAGGAAUGGGAGCAGUGAGGAGCAGUUUGCUCUGCUCUGGCCUGGGAGUGCUGCACUGAGCCAGGGUGUGUCACCCCCCGAACACCAGCUCAGAUGUGGGGGGACACCCCAUGUCCCCUCAUCUCUGCGUGGCUUUCCAGCUUUUGUGGUGACAUCUGGAGAUGGUCCAUGCUGGGGUUUCUGCUCAUUUCACCCUUCCUCGUUGUGUUCCUGCCCAGCUGUGCUCGCCAGGGCCCGCAGCAGGAGCAGGGGGGUCACUUGAGCACCUGGGCAGUGACAGGACAGGGGUGGCAGAAAGGCCAGGGCUCUGCUGGGAGAGCAGAGCUCUGUCUCUGGAAACAGGGAUGGGAUUCCCACUGUGGAGUGAGGGCACACAGCUCACUCUUCCCACAAGAACAGGGGCAGGAUAGUACAGAAACUCCUUCAGCUUCCCUUUCCCACCAGUAAUUCCUUGUGUAGAGAUGGAUGCAGUGUAUGGGACACAGUCCAUUCCCACUUCAUCCCAGUGUUUGGCUUCAUUGGUGCAGGCAUUAAUUCCUUACAAGGCACUGUCAAAGAAGGGAGUGAGGUUGGUUCAGUCUCAGGAGGUGUCCUGGGUGUUGUUGGGAUGCACCUUGUCCCCAGAGCUUUGUGUGCCCGAGUUCCCCAGUGGGAGGAGGAGGAGGAGCAGCCGUGGCUGCUGAGGAAGGAGCUGUGGGGUUUUCAGCCCUGGGUGGAAUCUUUCAGCAGGGCUGAGGGGCUGCCUGGGAUGGGACCCCAGAACCACCUGGCAGCCCUGAUCCCAAAAGAACUGGAACACACCCGUGUGGAGCAGCUCCCUGUGGCACUGCUGGGAACUGCCCGAGCAGAAGCUGGAUUCUGUUUCACCAAACCUUUGUGCUGCUCCCUCUCCCUGUGGGGAGCAAGAGCUCUGAGAUCUGCUUGCCUGAGGUGGAAUGCCACGGUAUUCCUGCUUUUUCUUCAUUAAUUGCUUGAAAAUGGGAGGUUUCUCCCUUCUGCUUUUUCAAAUUUUCAUGAUUUUGUGUGAGUAGGGGAAAGGUAUGCCAAGGCUUUGCCCAGCCUGCAGGGUCCCACAGCUCCUCCCUCGUGUGCAGGCUGAGCACAGCUGGGGCCAGGUUGUUUACAGCAAAUUCCUUGCUCCAGCACCUUCAGCCAGCGGGUUUUGUUGAAGAAUUCAACAUUUCCUUUGCUUUGAAGACCCAGUGAAAAGGACUGUAACCCAAAACCCACACACGAGGGAGGACAACACCUCCUGGGUCCCCACAGACUGUAAAUAUCCAAGUUUACUUUGUGGAGCCUCUUAUUUAAGGAUUCCUCCUCUGUUCCAGUGAGACCCAGGGAGUCCUGCCUGGCUCAGGGGCCGUGGGAGAGCUCGUGGCCUCAGCGCCUCUCACAGGGUCAGGAGCAGCUCCCAGGGCCCCUGGAAGGGGAGGAGGGGGGGAAUGUGCAAAUCUGAACUUGAAUUUUAGGCAGUAUUGCAACUUUGCUGCAGUUUGUUUCCACUGAUGCAUUUAUUGGUUCUAUGAACCAGGAGCAGAAUUAAACUCAUUAACCUCC